UUUUAUACAUUUAUACAUUAUAAGAUGGUUAGAAAGAGUGCUUACGAUGAGUGACAUUGAUGACGUGUUUGCCGAGUUGGGUUUCGGCAAGAUGCAGUUUAUUAUUCUAUUUUGCUGUCUUGUGCUGCAAAUUUGGAUUACCAACGAGCAGCUGGGCAUCGGAGUGGUGCUUGCCGGGGCAAGUUGUGAACUGGAAAUCCACGACAAGAGGUUGGCCUGGUUAAUGGCGGGAAACUUCACCGCCCAGAUGUUGUCCUGUCUUUUAUGGGGCCAAAUGUCGGAUGUUUACGGAAGACGCAAAGUGAUUUUGACCACGGCAAUCGGCUCAAAUGCAUUAUCCAUUCUGUCUGCUUUCAUGCCCGAAUACUGGGGAUUCUUCGUUCUGCGAGUGCUGUCGGGUUUCUUUCUCUCGGCCUCCGUGGUUUGUUGCCUGACCUACUUGAGCGAGUUCACAAAGGUUUCCCUGCGACCCAGGGUCUUGACCAUCAUGAGCUAUGCCAUUGGUCUGAGCCUCAUCUAUGUGCCGUCUCUGGCUGGAGCUGUGUUGCCCCUGGAAAUCAAGCCCAGUGGCUGGCGUAUCCUGCUCCUGUGUAACCAGCUGCCUGGAGUUAUCGGAAUCAUCAUUUUAAUUUUCCUGCCCGAGAGUCCUAAGUACUAUCUAUCAGUUGGCGAGCAGGAGAAGGCCAUGAAGGUUAUGGAGAGGGUCUGUCGAAUGAACAGGGGCAAGAAUGUCACUCUGGAAAGCUUGGGUGUGAACUCACUCACACAGCCUCGCCUGCGCCAUAUGUCAAGGCCUUUCGGCCCAUGUCACGAUAUCAAGACUCUUAUGACAAAAUAUGUCAAAAUCAUGUGUAUUUUCAUUUACGUCUUCUUUGCCCUGUCUGGACUAUCCUUCUCUCUGCCCAUUUGGAUGCUGCGAAUCAGAGUUCUCACCAGUCAUAUUACAGAGCACCUGACGGUUUGUGAUCACUUGCAGGGGAAAACUACAAGUCCAAGUCACGGUUGCUACCUAAAUUAUGAGGAAAUGGAGGAUCCUAUUAUCCACGGAUUCGUCGUUCUGAUCCUCUUCAUAGUUACCAGUCUCCUGUUGAUUUGUCUCAAUCGUCGAACAAUCAUCUUACUCUAUGUUGCCAUUGCGAUUUUGGGAUGUGUGACCUUAAACUUUAUGAAGCAUCCUACCCUGAUACUCAUAAGUUUUUUCGCCAUAAUAGAUCCACCCACGUGCAGUAUUAGGUUGACAAGUUCCCUGCUCAUAGAUCUCGUACCCACUCAUCUUAGGGGUAAGGCCUUUGCCCUUACCACAAUGAUGGGUCGUUGUGGUGUUCUAAUGACCAGCUUGUAUGUUGGCUAUACAUUAUCGCACCUCUGCUAUGUAACCUUCAAUAUUUUUAUUCUGGUGCUCAUAGUCUGCGGUAUCCUCAUGUACUGGUUACCCGCAGAAUACAGAAGGGAUAGCUUUACAGCGUGAGGCCUGUUGUGUAAAUUAAGAAAUAGAAGUGAAUAUGACUUAAAUAUUCCCCCUGCCUUAAAAACUUUUAUUAUACUAAUAUAAUUUUAUACAAAUUUUGGUGGUGAGUACCCAGCAAAGGGUUUUCCCUAUCGGCUCUGCCAAUCAGUCAAUCAAUCAUUCAAUCAAUUGACUGCACAGCACGAUGUACAAAUUUGUUGCCCCCAGUGCGUUCAAAUCGGAAAAAGGAUUAUGGCAAAAGUUCAAAUAUUUUUGUGCACCAGCCAAAAAUAAAAUAAACGUCAAAUAAACUUGGCGACAGCUGCGUUUAUAUAGUCUCGAGUGUGUUUUUUUUGUGGUGUGUUUUUGAGCCCAGCGGAUAUGAAAGUGCGUAAAAGGCAAAACGGAAACGGAAGGCAAGGCAAUCGCUAAGCGGCUUAAUAAUAACUGUCGAGCAAGAAAAUCGAAUCGAAUAUAAGGGAAAGAAAAACGAGAAGCAAAACGAGAAAACAUAUUGGCAAAGACAGCCGACUUUUUGCUGAGCAAGCACAAUAAUAGGGACAUCUUGCCAGCAAGGUUCCCCAGCGAGAACGGAGCUGUCAAUUCCCGGACACAGCAUAUACACAAAUGGUAUAGGGUACAUACAUAUCCCUAAGUAUGUAGAGGACUUUCUCCAGACACAGACGCUGCUUAUUUUCAUAUUUAACGGCUUGUUUGUGGCUCUGGGAAAUGCGAAAUUCGGCUUUGUUCUGUUAUCGCGUUUCAUUUUCUGUCUCUGAGUUUUCAUAUUUCGCAUUUCCUUCGCUUUUGAAAAGUUAAUUUCAAGGCUGAGCUAUUUCGACGGGGCGUUGAAGGGUUUA